AUGUCUGGCCCUUACGACCAACACCUCGCCUUCUCCCAAGGCUAUAAUAAUCAAUACCCAAGUUACCCAUACUCCCAACAAUCCAGCGCCUAUCCAUCGGAAGGCUUCUCCAACUCUUACCCCCAACAAAGCUACUACGGCAACGACACCCGCAGCUAUGGCCAGGACCAAUAUCAAUACCAACAACAAUCCGCCCCCGGCGCCAACGCAGGAUACUAUAAUACCCCUGCACCGGGCCAAGAAUCCGAUCGCGGCCUGUUAGGCGCCGUGGCGGGCGGCGCCGCGGGAGCCUGGGGCGGCCACAAAGUUGGCCAUGGCGUACUGGGAACCUUAGGUGGUGCAAUCCUAGGUUCCUUGACUGAAGACUACGCGAAGAAAGGCAAGAAGCACAACAAGCAUAACAAGCACAAUAAAACUGGAUAUCCAAACAGCACAGCGAAUAGCGCCAACUCGGCGAUGAGCAGUUUCGGCCCGGUAGCCAGCAGUUUCUUCAACCACAAGAAAUAA